AUGCCUAGGUUCUCAGUUGCGUUUGCCAAGCGGAAAUCCGCUGCAGAUGUCCACGAAAAUGCCCCAAUAGCACCCCAGGAUGCCCCGUCCUUCCGUGUCAUUGAACGAUCGGAAAUCGAAAGCGGCCGAUCAUUCGAUGGUGGUGCGAGAAUGGCCAGAACAUCCAGGUCAUUUCCUGUCAAGACCAACCUCGUCGAUUUGGGCGUGGAGGAUAAUAUGUUUGCUGAUCUGAAGAUCAAUCGCGGUAGCAACAUCUCAAACACCACCAAAGGGACCUCGACCGAUAUUUCCUCGAGACACAGCAAUGCCUCUACCGCUCCGUCAUCCGCAGAUAUGGGAAGCCCCAAUGGUCACGACGACAUCCGAUCAACGCCACAAUCAGCACCGCACGAAAGCCUCAGCCGGCCCGGAUCCAAGUCCAUUGGCGCUGGACUGUUAGACCGAGCCACGCGAACCUUUUCAUUUGGAGGGCAAAAGAAACACUCCAUCCCCCCGCCCAAGCAAGACCCCGUUCCGGAUUUACCUCCUGUUUUGAGUAUCAGUGGAGAUUAUCCCGGUGCCUCCAUCUCCAGAGGCAUGACCUCAUCCACGGCAAGCACUGCGGUCCCGAGCAACAAUCCCGGCGCCGAGGAUGGCAGUGAAGGAGCUUUAGAUCUGGGCGGCGACUUCGGGUCCAUGUUCAGGUCAUUUGAUAAGAGAGCAAGCACUGCGACCCUGACAAUGACCAACCAAGACUCAGCGGCCCCGAGGUCCUUGACUGGCAAUCGAUACGGCACGCCAUGCCCUCUGAGCCCAGACAACAUUAACCCAAGUGAGCCGCUCUUGAAUCAACGCAGUCCGACGUUGAGUGACGAUGGGCCAACGUCGCCCACACCCCCCCAGAACGACUUGCCGCCCCCUGUUCCACGACAUGAACAUCUCAACUCCUUCAAAUACUCGAGUCGACCGGCAGACAUUGUUGAAGACGAAGACGCAAAGCUUUUGCGAGAGUCUUUUACAGCAAUGAAGCUUUUGUCGGUCGAUCCUCCCAAGGACAAAUCACAAAGAAGUCUCUCACCCUCACGACAAAGUGAGAAAUUAGAAUCGUUGACGCCGACAACACUAGAGUCGAGUCACCUUAAUCUCGAAAAGGAGGAAAAUAUGUUUGAGGGCAGCUCAUCAAACAUCACGCGAACUCCGCACCGACAUGCUCCGCGGUCGUCGAAUCCUCCGCGCAACAAGGUCAUGACUCCUGCUCAGUUUGAAAGGUACCGACAAGAUAAAGAGGGUCUGGGUAUUGCUCAGGAGUCCCGCAGCGACGUCUACGCAGUGGUGAAGGUCGAAGAUGAUGAUGACGAGAUAAACUACGACGACGACGAAGACGAGCAGGAAAAAUCAAAACAGCAGACGAGGCAAAGACGAAAACAAGAGGCUCACAUGGCGGUGUACAGGCAGCAAAUGAUGAAGGUUACAGGAGAAACCAACGCAGCACCUCUGCCCACAAGACAGCCAAUUCGACCCGGCAUUCCGUCAUCUUCUAGUGCACCAGUCCUGGGCCACCUGAACGCGUUGUCGCCGGAUCCCGCAGCAACGACGGGUGCUACUUCUGAAGAGGACGAUGAAGACGUACCACUAGCCAUCCUUCAAGCUCAUGGAUUUCCCUCCAAGAAUCGCCCGCCGACCCGACUCAGCAUGUCCGGAUCGAAUCCCAACUUGCGUCCCUCUGUCGUGGGGCCACCCGCAGGCGGCCGUGCCCCUUCUGUCAUGGGCGACUCUGCAUCAGUCAGUGGUCGCCGUCACUCUAACCUUCCAGCUUUUGCCCGAAAUCUCCCCCAAGAUCCUUUCGUUGGUGCUAGUAUUGCUAGACCUGCCAUAAGGGAGUCGUUGACCUUUGGUGCCAAUCCCAGACAACCCUCACCGCAGCUACCACAGCAGGGAGGAGGUCCUCUGCCGCCUGGCGGUCUCGUAGGCGUCAUCGCCACUGAGGAACGAUCAAGGGCCCUGCGACGAGGCACUCCUAGCGUUGACCAGAACAAGCUAAUUGGCAGUGCCAUGAAUCCUGGGGCGAAUACUGGAUAUGACCCGUAUACAGGCAUCCCCUCUCAUAUGAUGUAUCAGGGAGGAGGGAUGCAAAGCAUGCAUCAGAUGCCGCAACAGCAAAUAUUAACUCCUGGUGACCAGGCGCAGAUACAAAUGACACAGCAAAUGCAGCAAUUCAUGCAGAUGCAAAUGCAGUUCAUGCAGAUGAUGGCGGGAAGUCCAAAUGGCGGCCCGAUGAUGCAGCAGCAGCCUCCGAUGCAACCACCAUACGCGGGUCGCAUACCUGGUAAUCAGUCCAUGGGUGACCUGUCACGCCACUCCAUGGUAGCCGACUCUACGAUAAAUCCCCGUCAAAUGGAUUACGGUAUGCGUACAAUGAGCAUGGUACAACCCAGCUCGGCUUCCUUUAUGGCAUCGCAUCAGCAGGGAACCUCUCCAUCCCCUCGCGGCUCUGGUCUUCACGCCUACACGCCUUCAAUUGCCCCCUCUGAACGGAGCAAUGUUGGCUUGCCUGGACGAUAUAGGCCCGUAUCGCAAGCGGCGGCAUUGUCUCCUCUUCCUGGUCAACAUGUGCGAUCCAACACAAUGUCCGGCGGUCUCUCCCUCUCUAAUUGGAGCGAUGAUAAAAGCAAAUCCACGGUAAAGCUCAUGGGUAAUUCCCGUGAAGGCUCAGACGACGAUGAAGAGCAAGGCUGGGAAGCCAUGAAAGCCAAGAGAGACAAGAAGCGAUCAAUUUGGAGGAGUAAGAGGAACACGGCAAAUGAAUUCAACAUGGCCUUUUAA